AUGUUAAAAGAGGAGUUGUUACCUGAUGGUGCCGAUUUGCCAAAAUCGUAUUAUGAGGCAAAGAAGAUAAUUCAAGACCUUGGCCUUUCCUACAACAAGAUUGAUGCUUGUACUAAUGAUUGCAUGUUAUACUGGAAGGAGGAUGUUUUACUUGAUUCUUGCAAACCUAGGCUUCAGAGGUUGUUUAUGUCUACAAAGACAUCUACUUUAAUGACAUGGCAUAAAGAUAAAAGAGUUGAUGAUGGAAUAAUGAGGCACCCAGCUGAUUCAAUGGCGUGGAAGUCAUUUGAUGAACUUCAUCCUUCAUUUGCGUCAGAGCCUCGUAAUGUCCGACUUGGACUUGCUAGUGAUGGAUUUCAGCCAUUUCGGAAUUCAAAAACCUCAUAUAGGAUUUGGCCUGUGGUUCUUAUUCCUUAUAAUUUACCACCUUGGUUGUGUAUGAAACAAGAAAAUUUUAUUUUGUCAAUGCUUAUUCCUGGUCCAAAUAGUCCAGGAGAUGCAAUUGAUAUAUAUCUUCAACCUUUAAUAGAAGAAUUGAAGGAGUUGUGGGAAGUUGGCAUUGAGACCUUUGAUGCAUCAUCUAAACAGAAUUUUAAGUUGCAUGCUUCUUUGUUAUGGACCAUCAAUGACUUUCCAGCCUAUGAAAAUUUAUCUGGAUGGAGUACAAAAGGAAACCACAAAUGGAGGAAUGACAAGGAUUCAUUUGAUGGUACAAAAGAGAAAAGGCUCCCACCAAAAAUGCAGUCUGGUAUUGAGAUACUUAAUCAAGUGCAAGAUCUUGAAGGGAUACAGAUUGAUGACUUGAAACAAAUUGAAGCGCAAAUUCCCAUAAUGCUUUGCAAGUUAGAAAAGGUCUUCCCUCCUUCAUUUUUCGAUGUCAUGGUGCACUUGCCUAUUCAUUUAGCUAGUGAAGCUAAGAUUGCUGGACCUAUUCAUUAUCGGUGCAUGUAUCCUGUGGAACGGUGGUUAUAUUUUUUGAAAUCUCUGAUUGGUAAUAGGACAAGUCCAGAAGGCUCUAUUGCAGAGGGCUACAUUGCAAAUGAAUGUAUGACCUUAUGUUCACGGUAUCUGCAUACGAUUGACACAAAAUUCAAUCGACCUGAACGAAAUUAUGAAGGGGGUUUGAAAAAAUCUAACGGAGGUUUAUCUAUGUUCUAUCAACCUGGAAGUACUAUGGGAGCUAAAGAACAAUGCAAUCUUGAAGAAAAUGAAUUGGAACAAGCACAUAUAUACAUACUGAAGAAUUGCGAUGAAGUCAUACCAUAUCUCGAAGGGUUUGCACAAACACAUGUGGAUACUGUGCAACACUUGUCUGAUGCAGAAUGGAACCGAUAA